CUUUCUCUCGCACGAUUAGCCGGCAAAGAGCAUUGGUGGUAUUAUGAAAUGACAACAAACGAAUCGAGAUUUAGUUUCAUAGCAUUUAUCAUGUCGUCGAAACCGAUUCUCUAUGGAACGUAUUCCAGUCCCACGGUUAACGGUGUUCUAAUGAUUUUGAAGGCCCUAAAUGUGGACUUUGAAUUUCGUGAAGUUAGACCAUUGAAAAAGGAAAAUCAAACGGAGGAUUUUCUAAAGAAAAAUCCCACAGCCACAAUACCAACACUGGAAACUGAAGACCAUAAAUUUAUUGGAGACUCCCAUGCCAUUGCCGUUUACAUAGCGGAACGUUAUGGCAAAGAUGAUUCACUGUACCCCAAGGACCCAUAUAAACGAGCCAAAGUCCAUCAGCUGCAACAUUUCUGCAAUAGCAUUCUCUUUACGUCAUGUGUCAAAGCGGCCUAUGCUCCCGUCUUUGCUCGUCAAACAAAUACCAUCCCCGAAGAGAUCUAUAAACGAAUUGAAGAAGCAUUCCGAAUGUUGGAACGAUUUUUGGAACAAAACAGAUGGGUGGCCUGUGAACGCCUAACAAUUGCCGAUUUCAAUUGCAUUACCUCUGUGGCGAGUUUGUAUUCACUGCGGCCAUUUACUGAGAAGACCCAUCCUCGUCUGUACGAUUGGUUUCAACGCAUGAUGGCCAUGCCCAUUGUUGUGGAGACAUUGUCGAGUGAUGCCAUGACCGCCUCCAAACGUUUCUUACAAAAGCAGUUGUCACAUUUGUAAUGUCGGAAUAAUAUCUUGGUCAAACUAAUA